AUGGGCAAAGACAAGGUCGAAAACGAAGACCUGAUCAGCUAUGGCUGGUCUGAUGACCUCUGGUUUCACGUUGACAAGCUGUCUUCAGCCCACGUCUACGUGCGGUUGCCAGAAGGCACCAUCAAGGGCUGGAAGGAUCUGCCAGAAGAACUCAUUUACCAGUGCUGCCAGCUCGUCAAGGCCAACAGCAUCGAGGGCAACAAGAAAAACAACGUGUCCGUGGUGUACACGCCAUGGUCCAACCUGAAAAAGACCUCUGACAUGGCGGUCGGCCAGGUUGGCUUUCACAACAACCGCGAGGUUAAAAAGUUUUUGGUUGAGAAGCGCGAAAAUGCCGUGAUCAACGCCUUUAAGAAGACAAUGGAUGAACGGUAUCCCGAUUUGCGCGCCGAGCAAGCCGCUCGCCAGCAGCGAGACGUGCGCCGACAAAAGGGCCGUGAGGCCGCCCAGCGCGCGCGCGAGGCGGACGAGAAGGCUGAGCGUGAACGCAUGAAAGAAUUGCAGUCAUAUUCUUCCCUGAUGAAGGACGAUAAGAUGUCAACCAACAAGGACCAAACUGUCUCAGUCGAGGAUUAUGAGGAUGACUUUAUGUGUUGUGACCAGAAUCGGCUCCAAAUCUUCGUUUGCAAAGUUGUAUCAUUUUACACCCAAAAACCUUCGUUCAACCUAUAUCACAUUCCGCUCGUCACCCACAAGUCACACUUGACCACACUUUACAUGUCACAAAUAAAGCCGAAGACCAACACGCACACCGACGUCAUGGGUGAUUACGGCCGUUACGAUGACGAUCGUCGAGGUGGCAGCAGCGGUGGCUACGGUGGCUCCUACAGCAGCGGUGGCUACGGCGGCUCUUCCUAUGGCAGUG